UAUUAGCUCCCCCCAAAGGCUGAAUUUGAGUGUGUGUGUGUGCUUAAAUGCCUUCUUAUUUGGUCCUGUGAUUGAUAGAAAAUCUGUCCAGACUACACCUUUCCUUUGCAGGAAAACAGCUGGAAUCCGCUCUAGCGACCCAUCUUUGAUCUAAUCCAAUUAAUAUGGAUUAUGAAAUGAAUAUUGAAACAAUAAAACUAAAAAAUGGUUUCAAACAAAAUGUUAAACUCAUUGAAGCAGCCAAAUAUUUUAAUAGUUUACAAUUAAUCUCUAUUGUAGUGAAGUUUUGAAGAGAAGUUCAAGUCGUAUUGAAGAAUAUAAACAUUAAAUAAUACCUAAUAGUGCUUUUGUGUGGUAGGAAAAAAGUGAGAUAUGAAGUCAUUUAUUAUAAUCCACUACUGCAUUACAAAAUGUUGUAGAAAUUCAUUUUCUCCCAGAUUAUCUCACAAGUGUACAUUUAUUUACAAUUGGAACUUGAUGGGGGGUCAACAAAAUAUCUAAAUCAUAGUUUUUUUCAUUGAACUUCAAAGGAUUACACAUUCGGAUAACUACAAUAGAAGGACAUAACUAAAGAAAAAAGAAUAAGAUACAAAGAAAAAAUAAAUACAUAGCAUCAUAAUUGUAGCUCACAAUAUAAGGGAUUGUUGUCUUAUAACGUGAUCUUUUUGUGACAGUUUUAUUGCAUUUUUGUUUUUCAUGAAUUUCAGCGAUUUAAAAUACAGAUUAUCUGUUUAUGAAAUGCAUUGACUAAUGGUUUGAUUUUUAAAAAUCUGCUCUUAUGGAUGAAGAAUUUCCCAGAAAUUAAUAAAGUUUUUAAUGCCAAAUCAAAGAAGUGAGCCCCACAAUGAGAAAUACAAAUUCCAUUGAUAAACCAAUGAAAAAGAUGCCGCCAAAUAGCAACAGAUGACGUCCGGAGAUGACACUCACGAUGUUGUAACGUCAAACAUCGUCCCCCUUGUUGUGCCAUGCGCACUGGCGAUUGUUGUUGUUGGGUUGUUAUGGCUGGAUAAGGCCUCGGAGUUAACUGAGAGAGGACCCCCCUCCCUCCCUCCCUCCCUCCCGUACGAACCCGUCUCCGCCACGGGACUCCCGCCACCCAUGGAGGGCACGGACAUGGACGUGGACGCGGAGCUCAUGCAGAAAUUCAGCUGCAUGGGCACCACGGACAAGGACGUCCUCAUCUCGGAGUUUCAGAGGCUGCUGGGCUUCCAGCUGAACCCAGCCGGCUGCGCCUUCUUCCUGGACAUGACCAACUGGAACUUGCAGGCUGCUAUUGGUGCAUAUUACGACUUUGAGAGCCCUAAUGUCAACACACCGGCCAUGUCCUUUGUUGGAGAUGUAACGAUCGGGGAAGGGGAGUCUGUUCCUCCCGACACACCGUUCACAAAAACAUGGAGGAUACAGAACACAGGUUCAGAACUGUGGCCACCUGGAGUUUGUCUAAAGUACAUUGGUGGGGAUCAGUUUGGGCACAUAAGCACAGUAGUGGUGAAGUCUUUAGACCCACAGGAAAUGACAGAUGUGAGUGUGCAAAUGCGAAGUCCCACAAAUCCUGGUAUGUACCAGGGCCAGUGGAGAAUGUGCACGGCCACAGGAUUAUUCUAUGGAGAAUUCAACACACAACCGCAGCGCAGCGUGGAGGGAGACUUCAACCCCUUUGCUUCGCCGCAGAAAAACAAGCACGACGCAGCUGACAGUAGUUUCAGAGAUCCCGCUGGAGCCUGGGAUCACACGCAAGAGCCGAUCCCGCAGGCUCAGAACGGACUGUCUCAUAGUGCUGUAAAUAGAGCGCCGAACGGUCUCCAAACCAAUCUUUCCAUGGUGACCUACGGCCAGGGUAUUCACGGUCCUUAUCCCUUUGGACAGAGUUAGACUGACAGAGCUGCCCCCUUCCUUCCCUGAGACCAACGCGGAGCUUAACUUUCUGGCCACAUAAAGGUGUGAAGGAGCUGGAGAGGGGAGCAACAGUUGUUUUCUAAUGACUCAUAACAACUCUCCCUGAAACCCCCCACGCCACCUCCUUCUGCAGAAACACAAACAACAGUGAGGCGCUGGAACGCAGCCCACCUGAUGUCAACGCCUGGAUCUGAAUGUGUGAAAGCUACGAAUCCCUGAGGACAUGUUCACUUUUUUCUCUUUCUUAUGUUGUCUUUAAAGGGAACCCCGCCCGCCCGCAAACUCUCUGCCUAAAUGCUGACAAUAGACAACUGGAUAUCUUCUCUCUGGGGUUCCUACACAAGUCUGGAAUAUAUUCAUCUCAUUAAGAACAAGUAGCUGCAAAUUCAGCUGGUUUUUAGGUUCCGACACGUUUUCUUCUUCAAUUCUGAACUGAAAUCUGUGUUACCUCCAUAUAUGUGUGGGCUGGCUUCUGGAAAGUUCUUCAUGAAGUCUAAACACAAAUGGGAGAGGGUCAAAUCAAAGUUUACCAUGCACGUGCUAUUUCUCCCUAAAUUAUCAUUUGUACAUCUGUGUUGAUUGACACAUUCUGACAGAAGAGUUACAGUAGAAAACAGCCAGACAUUUGAUUUUAGGUUUAUUAAGAGUUGUUGCUUUCAUCAAAUACGGUCUAAUAUGGCUCUUCUGAGGGGAAUAGAUCAGUAAAUAUCAUAAUUUUCAAAGCAACUUGGUCACAACUGAACCUUUUUAUUAAGAAUCAUGCCAUUUGCCCCCUCAAACUGUUUUUAUCAGAAGAUAUCCUUAUGUGCAGCCUUGUGCAGGAACCCAAAGUGUUUCCAAGCAAAAGACCAAAACACUAAUCUGUGCAAUCCUGAAGCUUCCCACCCUGCAGGUCUUCAUGUCAAACUUGCAUGGGGGAAGCAUCUUGGGGGGAGGGAGGGAGGGUCUUGUUUUCUGACGAUGCUGACGCUCAAAAAGGAUAUGAGUGAGUUUGAGGGAAUUCUAAAGAAGGGUCGAAAAAGCCAUUAAAAUCAGUUUUGCCUGUUGAACGACUGUAUUUGCCUGAGUUCCUGUUUUCAGUAUGUGCGUUAAAUGUAAAUGUGAGGCGCGUGUGCAUGUACGUUGUUGCUUUCUCUGAAUUGACCACAAAAGUGAUGUAUACUGUCUGGAUGAGGGAUGACUUGAAACACACAGCAUCGUUAUUGAAAGCUUUAAUAGGUUUGUACCUCAAAAGUAUUUUUUGAAUGAUUUUUGCACCAUUAGAAUGAACUCAUUCGUCAUGAACCCUGAUGUUAUUUAUUCGUCUCAUUUUGUGCACUGCAGAAUGAAAAGAUCCCAGAAGCAGCCAGUAGGUGGAGCUAAUAAUCGGAUAAGUAAAUAAUAUUCACUGAUAAGAAGCUGCAGUUCCAGCAUCGGAAUCAGAGACUUACCCAUUUGCAUCAGUAACACUGGUGUACCGGUAACAACUAUUUGCACUCUGCUUUUAAGAAAAAUUGUUUUUUUGUGUAGCUUGUAAUACCAGCAUUUUUCCAAAAGAACCACACAAAAUGACAGGUUGUAAGCAAAUUGCUCACAAAUGUAGAUUGUAAACAAUCAAAAGGACCUUUUAUUUUGACGUUGCCAGCUGUGACAUAAAGUUUUACCAUAACUUUGUCAUUUUUUCAUGAAGUCUUAUUGUGUUUUUCAUGUAUCAUUUGUUUGGAAAUAAAUUUAAAAGCAAGUUAUGGAACUUUAAAAUACUUUUGUAUGUCAUGUCUUUCAAACGUAUCUUUCUGCAGCAUCAAAAAUGUCUUUCAAAUAAUUUGUAGUCUGUUGCCUCAUCGUGUGCUCAUUUGUAAAACUGACCGGCAUUGUUUUGCUCUGUUGUUUGUAGAGAGAAUCAUCUGAGCGUUUUUUCCUAAACAGGAUGCACUGUUCUUUGUUGCCUCUUGGUCACGACCAGAUAUAUUUUUUUUAAUCGUUGGUGUGGUACCCUCUGUGAAAAUGUUAUCCUGUGAGAGAAAGACGAGCGGUAAAGAAGUCUAGAUAUUGCUCGAUCGGUUUUGUUUUGGGUGGUUUGAUGUGUGGACCUGUGAUGUGCGGGUUGUGAGUUGAUGAAAUGAAAGUUUAGUCUUAAGAUAGCACAUUUGUCUGAGGAGAAAUGGUUAGCAUAAAGCUUCUUUUUUUUUUCGUUAAUGAUGAUUAAGGAUUUGUAUGAAUAAAUUAUCACUGAAACUAUGA